ACAUUUCCAUUUCAUGCAUUAAGAUUAAAAAGACUCUUUCUCACAUCACAUGCCUUGCUCUAUCCAACACACAUACAAACAAACAAAUCAGCUUACAGCUAUCACGGAAGUCGAGCAACAUGGUGGGGUCCACAUUCUUACCCACCAAUAACCAUUGCAUCUAUCAACUGUGUCAAAUGCGACCACGUGUCCCCACCACCUUUCAAUCCUGUCAAAUCACUUACAGCUGUUUCUGCCACCUCACCCAAUCCCCAUAAUCCACAUACAUACCUACACAUCCAUGCAUACAUACAUACAUACAUACAUACAUAGCAAUAGCAUAUCCAUAGCAUAAUAAUAUUAAUUUUUUUAUUAAUAAUUAAUAAAUGAGGAAAAGAAAAUUGCGUAGCCACUAGCCAUUUCUCCUCUUUGCAUACAGAGCUUUAUAAACCACCUCUCUAGCUCUCUCACAAACACUACUCUAUAUUAAAACAAUAGUGGGAGAAAAUUGUGGAGAGAGAAAUGGAAGGAUCACCGUGUCAAUCUGAUGUUUGGGUUUCCUCUAAUGGCAGUUUUGAGCAGACCCCAGAUGAGAAAAGCUUAGCAAAGCAGCAGCUAUGGAGGACGACGAGUUCUGGGUCUAGUUCUUGGUCUGGGCAUGAUGACGACGAGGAAUGGGGUGGGUUGAAGAAUGAAAGAAAGAAAAGCAAGAAGAAAAAUCAGGUUUUGCUUGAAGGGUAUGUGGAGGCGGCGGACGAGGAUAAUCUGAAGAGGGCCAAGAGCUUGACGGACGAUGACCUUGAUGAGUUGAAAGGGUGUUUGGAUCUGGGAUUUGGGUUCAGCUACGAGGAGAUUCCUGAGCUCUGUAAUACUUUGCCAGCUCUCGAGCUCUGCUAUUCAAUGAGCCAGAAAUACAUGGACGAGCAACAGAAAUCGCCUGACAAUUCUGUGUCGGCGGCUUCGGAUUCGUGCUCUUCGGUCUCGAGUCCGAUCGCUAAUUGGAAGAUCUCUAGUCCUGGUGAUCAUCCAGAAGAUGUUAAAGCCAGGCUCAAAUAUUGGGCACAAGCUGUGGCUUGUACUGUCAAAUUGUGCAGCUGAAUUCAGCUACAAAAGCGCUGAAAAGGGAAUCCAAAUUCUUUUAAAAGGCGAAAAUGGAAAACCAACGUGAUCUCAGAAGCCUGGACCUUCACGUGGAGCUUUUUCUUCACUAAUGAAACUUCUCAGCUGGAAGAGAUUUUCAUGUAAAAUUGGAUAAUGAGAAUUCUGGUGAUGAUGGCUGAUGGGUCUAUUUUGAGGGAGAAAAAGAAGAAUGUUUCAGGUUUGAGAUUGAUCAAAAUAAGUCUGAAUUCAUUCUUAUUUAGAGUCCUAACUCCUAAGAUGUUAUCUUCGUACCAUUAUUGUAUUUUGUAUUCUUUAAAUAAUAAGAACAAUAAUAUGAUGAAUAAGCCUUUCCGUCAUCUGAAAAAAAAAACAAAAACUCUAUCAUGUGUUUCAUUUUGUUCAUCUUUGUGUUGAGACAAAUUUCCAACCUUAGUUGAUGGUUUUAUGCAGCACUUAGAACUAUUCAAUUAGAGCUUCAACAACUCUACUUUGCUCAACCUCAGUCUGCAUUUCUGCUGAGGUAACUAACCUAACUGUUUUGGUGAACAUUGUGUUUCCUCAAACUUAACUUUGAUCUUGACUUGAACCUUUGAUGAAAGAUUAUGGUCAUGAUACUAACAAACCUUUAACUCUCUUUGACUAGUUAUGAUUGUCCAUUCUGGGCUGGUAUCUGGAGGCAGGUGGAAAUGGAAUGAGAGGGAAGAUUGUGAACUUUGUUUUCUUGAUUGAUUUCGAAGUUUGUUGUGUUCUUCCUCUCAAUUUAUAACUUGUAUUUUAGUUGUUUACUAUAAGGGCAAGUGUAGAGUGAGAUGGGGGAGAUUGUGAACAUUAUUUUCUUGACUGGUUUCAAAUUUGGCUGUCAUCGUAGAUGAUUACUGGAGGAUUCUAGUUCUUUUUUCUCCCUUGUGAUUAUGUGAAGAAUUGGAUCGGAGAAUUGAGACUUGUUAACUCUGACAUACAUGUGAUGAUUGAACUUUGUAUAAUCUUGGUUUCUUAUGGGAAUUGGCAGUUGAACUUUUUGUCAUGAAAUUAUAUAAAUAAUCAAAUUUCUAUUGUUUUGUCAUGGUUAAA